GGUCUUGAUUCCAAGAAUAGAAUACAGAACACAACACAUGCACCUGAGUGAGAAAACAUGUAAUGAUCUCACAGCCAUGUUUAGGAAAGUAUUCAAGAACAAGGCACUACUAAAAAGUCACAUAUCUGCACUUUUUUAUCAACUUAAUAAUAAUGAGACCUCUGGUAUUGCUACCAUAAUUAGACUGAAACAAAGUCAAAUCAAAUGUUGGGAGCCAGGUAAUAUCCUAAGCAAUUCCAUCAACUUUUACAAACUGAUAAAAGGAAACCUGGCAGCUAUGAUACUGGCACUGGCAAAAAGCAUACAAGUCACUUUUCAAAGUUGA